CAAUACAAUUCACAGGUAUUUAACUAAGUGCCCAGUAGGUGCUCAGAGUUAAACUACAAUAUAGUAGUACAAAAUACAUCCCAGCUCUCAAAAAGCUUAUUGUCUAGUGGGGAAGACACAUCUCAAGAGCUUAUGCACAGGUCCUCAAACCUUACUGAGCAGAAAAUCCCCUAGGAAUUUAUAAAUAUGCAGAUUCCCAGGCUUUAUACACAGAGAUUCUGAUUUAGUUGGUCUGAUCCAGGAACUUGGAACCAGCAUUUUAACACCCUUUCCAGGUAAUGCUGAGCCUGUUGGUUCUUAGACUAUACAGGAAAGCCAGGAAGCCUACAGGAAAGCCAGGAAGCCUGCAGUAAAGCUUGUCCACGCUCAGAGUCCAGAGAAGGUGGAAAGGCACUCAGUGGGGACCCCAUCUAGGCAGGAAUGCUGCUGCCACCCUCACUUGCUACACUUUGUCUCCUAACAAGAAGAUUCCUACCAGAAAGAGAUUGAAGGAGCCCCUCCUUGUGUGGGCAAGAGACUUGCACCCUAGGCUCUUGUCUCUGUGAAGGGCCAUACCCAUGCCACGGUCCCCAGCUCCCUUGCUGACAGAAUGACUGACCAGGGAGGUCCCCAGUCCAAAGUUUUUUCUAUAUAGAGGGGACCUAUCAGAGGCCAGUAUUGGGGCCACAGGCCCCUGCCCACCGGCCCCCAACCGACGAGGGCGGAUUAAGCUUCAAGUGGGUGCUGCACCAAGCCAGCAAGGACUUGCCGGCUUCUCCCAGCGGAACACCAUUCACGGCACCUUAUUGGGGUUCUUGUGAACUGCUGCGGGCAGCGGACAAAGGAGGUCGAGGGGGAGAUGGUGUCAGCUCUGCCCAGAUGGCGACUGUAGCUGAAGCGGGCCACUGCUUUACAUAGGGCUGGAGAUAAAACCGGCCACCCCAAAUUCUAAUCAGAAAGCACAAGAGGGGAGGAACUGGCGCUGCUUCAGUGGCGAGAAUGGGUCAGUAAGUCCCAAACAGCCCUAAGGAAGGCGACUGCCCCAGCUUGAGGGCAGGCAUACCCCGCCCCUCAGGAGCCUUCCAGCCUGAGCAGAAGAACACAGGGGACCUCUGCACCCUAAGACUGGAAAUAGACCAGGGGUUUCCUGAGGGGAACACACAACCCCAGCCGCAGGAGCCCUUAUUCAGAAUCUAGGAACCACAUUCCUGCUCUCAGGGGACCCAAAGUAGAUUUCUACAAAUCAAGGUCUAAGAACUCUGUGGGAUGCCGCCAGCCCCGCGCGGGGGAAGGUGGGCGCAGCCCAGACCUAACUCAGAAACACGGAGCAGCAGCGCUGGGCAGAGGCGGUUAGGUUUUCCGUUGCAGGCCAGGUGGGCUCCCCAGGGGCGCAGGGGACGGGGUGCUGGCGGGCAGCGCCGGGGCCCUUUGCAGCCAGCUACGCCCUCCCCCUACCUUGCGGGCUUUUGCACACGACGCGCCGCUUCACACGGGGUAGCGGCGACUGGAUAAAGCCGACCGGCGCGGGGCGUAGCGGCGGGAGUAGUGGGGACGGCAGCGGCAGCGGCACUGGAACAACCCCUUGGCGGCCCCGGCAAGGCCCAGGCUGCGGAUUAGCUGUAAAGCCCGCAGGCGAGGGGCGCACGCGGCGGGGCGGCGGGCGUGGCGCGCAGGGCCCUCUCGGCAGGUGAGUGCGUGCUGCGGAGCGUCCGGCGCGCAACUUCCAGGGUGCACGCGGCGAGGCGCGCAGGGCCGCAUGGAGGCCAUGGAGAAGCAGCAUCUAUUGGACUCCAGGCCUGGAGCCCGGUCUUACAGAUCUCUGUGGCAGGAUGGGCCUGGCUGGGUCCCUGUGUCCUCACCUGGCAUGGAUUUGCAGCCCAUUGAGCUGGCUACCAAGAGCAUCCAUUACUGUCAUGCCCAGAAGGGUCCUAGCAGUCAUUGUGACCCCAAGAAGAAGCAAGCCUGGCGCCAGCUCUGUGUGGCCUCUGCCUUCUGCCUACUGUUCAUGAUUGGGGAAGUAAUUGGUGGUUACCUAGCACACAGCUUGGCAAUCAUGACAGAUGCAGCCCACCUGCUCACUGACUUGGCCAGCAUGCUCAUCAGCCUCUUCUCUCUAUGGAUGUCCUCCCGGCCAGCCACCAAGACCAUGAACUUCGGCUGGCAGCGAGCUGAAAUCCUGGGCGCCCUGGUCUCUGUGCUGUCCAUCUGGGUUGUGACUGGGGUAUUGGUGUACCUGGCGGUGGAACGGCUUAUCUCUGGGGACUAUGAGAUCGAGGAGGGAACCAUGCUGAUCACAUCGGGCUGUGCUGUGGUUGUAAACAUCAUAAUGGGGUUGAUUCUUCACCAAUCCGGCCAUGGACACAGUCAUGGCCAUGGGCACAGCCACGACAGCAGCCAGCAGCAGGAGAACCCCAGUGUCCGAGCUGCCUUUAUCCACGUGAUUGGAGACUUUCUGCAGAGCUUGGGUGUUCUGGUGGCAGCCUAUAUUUUAUACUUCAAGCCAGAGUACAAGUAUAUAGACCCCAUCUGCACCUUCCUCUUCUCCAUCCUCGUCCUGGGAACAACCGUAACCAUCCUGAGAGAUGUGAUCCUGGUGCUGAUGGAAGGGACCCCCAAGGGCAUGGACUUCAUUGCUGUGCGGGAUCUGCUGCUGUCGGUGGAUGGGGUGGAAGGUUUGCACAGCCUGCAUAUCUGGGCGCUGACCGUGGCCCAGCCUGUCCUGUCUGUCCACAUCGCCAUCGCUCAGAACACAGACUCCCAGGCUGUGCUGAAGGCAGCCAGUGCCCUCCUGCAGGGGAAGUUCCACUUCCACACUAUGACCAUCCAGAUCGAGGACUACUCUGAGGACAUGAAGGACUGCCAGUCAUGCCAGGGCCCCUCGGGCUGAUGGCCUGGCCACGCACCAACUGGGGCAUGGACAGGCCUGCAGAUGGCUGGACUGAGUGUUCUCCGGACCCAGCCAGGACUCUGCCUCCCACCGCUGUGUUAUAAACCAGGUGCCUCUCCUGAUGGCUGCUCCAUGUUCAGUGUGGAGAAGCCUUGUCCCACUCCAGGACUGGACGGUUUCCCUGCCUCUGCCACCUGACUACAGCAGCCCCAGGAUGGGAACUCCGCAGGUGUAAAGCUAGCAUCAUCCUGCUCUUCCAGCAAACAGGUCGGCUCCUGGCAGGCCUGGGUUUGGGCCUAAUCCUCAAUUAAUGCUGUCCUACCACCAGCCUCUGGAAAGGCAAUGAGGCGUAGUGAGGGGUGACAGACGGGAUACUGACUUCAAUGUCUCCUCACCUACUUGCCUCAUUUCUCAUUUUCAGUCUGUCUGGCCUUUGCCUUUUGAAUCUGUAAAGAAGUUUUGGAACAGAGCCCCCUCCCUCUGCCUCUAACAAUAUGGUUUUAGGAGGCCUUAGGUGUCGAGGAGUUGUGAGGACCCUGCACACUCAUGUGGGUCUGCCUGGGCUGGCCUGUGCCUUAGUCACUUCAGCUGUGUGCCAAAUGUUUCCUUUUCCUGGAGGGAGGGGGCUUCUGACUAGGUCAGAACUUGGCUGGUUUCCUCUUUCCUUAUUUCUCCAGCCCAGGGAGCUGAGCUAACACAAAGGUGCCCCAGUGGGAGGGCUGGAGGUGGAGAGGUUUCAGCUUGGGUCCUGCCCUAACAGCCCCACAGCCCUGGCCACCUCUCUUGCCCUGAUAGUGUCUGAGGGGUCGAGGACAUUCUGUUGCUGGUACAGCCUGGCCUGCUCAGAACUUGGGGGUAGAGAACACAGAGGGUACAACCUGAACCAGAGACCCCAGCUUCCUGGGGUGUGUGUGAAGAUUCCUGAAUUAGGGGGUGGCUGGUGUUUACAAGAUGAAGGGGGGGGGGCCUGUCCCCAGUCUCACAGAGGAGGCAGCAAUGCCCAGUCAUCAGGUGGCCCUAAUGAAGUGGUCUGUCUCUGCCCUCAGGGAGGUCAGAGCCUCUUGCGUCUACGGAAUGAGAAUGUUGACACCUACCUCACAGGGUUGUUGUGAGGACCAAAGCCAAAGUCCGCUGAGCACC